AUGAUGCGACGACAUGCUAUGGCGAAGGCACUCAAGAAGAAGUUUGGCGUUGUGUUCGACGUAGAUGGCGUGCUUCUGCGUGGCAAACUGCCAAUUCCUGGUGCGAAUCAAGUUCUGCAACACCUCCAUGACACAAAGACGCCGUACGCCAUCAUGACGAAUGGAGGUGGCACCACAGAAGAAAAGAAGGCCGAGCAGCUCUCGGAUAUCUUAAAGUUUGACAUCCCACCGACGCAGCUUUGCCUGUCGCACACACCCAUGCGAGAACUCGUGUCUACGUACGAAAACGACAUGGUGCUUGCCGUGGGCAAGUCAUGCGACAAGACCCGGGACGUGAUGGAGCAUUACGGUUUUCGUAAUGUCGUGACGGUGUCCGAUCUGCACUCGCACUUUCCCGCCAGCUAUCCCGAUAUCUCUGUCCCCAAGGUGCCACAUCACGGGAAAUACGACGUACACGACUUCAGAGCUGUGUUUGUCCUCAUGGACCCGAUAUACUGGGGCCGCGAGAUUCAAAUCAUUAUGGACGUGUUGACGUCCCACGAAGGCAAGUACGGCACGGUCGCCGAAGACGCGCAACAUGUUAACCUGUACUCCGCCUGCUCGGACUUUCAGUACGUCGGCGAACACCACUUGCCGCGGUAUGGCGCUGGCGCAUUCCGUGCUGUAAUGGAGGACCUUUACUUUCGAACGACGGGCAUGAAGCUCCGCCAGACGCUGUACGGCAAACCUGAGCGCACAUCGUACUUGUUUGCAGAGAAAGUUCUCGCAAAGCAACUGAACCCUGCCGCGGAAGAGCUUGCUACGAUCUACAUGGUGGGCGACAACCCGUACACAGAUAUCAAGGGUGCAAAGGCCGCGGGGGACGUGUGGAAGUCUGUGCUCACCAAGACGGGCAUGUUCCAAGGGGUGGGGAACCACGUCGAGCACCCAGCAGACGCGGUCGUAGCCGACGUUGGCAAAGGUCUCCAGUGGAUCUUGGAUGACGCUCAAACGCACGACAAGCCAUAA